AUGGGACAACCAUUGAUGGUAAUCAAGGGCUUGGGUGAAGCGACGGAAUCCGUAGUCCAAAUCGCGGAGGGUGCAUCCAAACUCAUGGACAUCUUCCGCGACCAAGCCGCCAAAGUCAAAGAAGCCGACCGUAAAGACGACAACGAAUUCAACAUCCGAAAAAGCUUCAUAGAGAAUUCCGUCGCUAUCAUCAGAGACGCCACCCUUUCCCAAUUCAACAUCGUCGUCUGCACUGACCAAGACAAAGACGAUUUCCAAGACCUACAAGGCCGAAUCCUGCCCAUGGAUCUCAUCGACGUCGAGAUCUCGCCUGGCAAAUACGCCAAUUUUCAGGUCUAUGUUUUUGAGACUGGCAAGUAUCUGAGACGGGGUCGAUGGGAGUUGGAUGCGUGGGGUUGGUGGGGGAGCGAUAAGAGUUGGAAGGAUGUGAAUUAUCAUGUGCAUUUCGAGACGGCACAGAAGAAGCUCAAUCCCGAUGAGAUCAAGGCGAAACAGGCGGAAAUUGAGGCUCAGAAGAAGGUUGUCGAUGAUGCUGCGAAGGCGGCGAAGGAUGCGGAGGCGUUGGCCGUUGCGGAUAAUGAGAAACAGUUGGAGGGGGAGGCGGAUGUGAAGCUUGAUGAGAAGGGACAGAUUGAGGAGGGUGAGAGGGAAGAUAAGGAGAUUCCGGUUAGGACGGCGCCGAAGACUAUUAAGUCGAAGGGGGAAGAGGACGAUGAGGAGGAGGAUGAAGCGGGUGGCGAGGAUGAAGAAGAGGGUGAUGAGGGAGAAGAGGGUGACGAAGAAGAAGGGGGUGAUGAAAAAGAUGAGGGUGAUGAAGAGGAUGGGGCAGAAGGAGAAGAAGAGGGUGAGGGUGAAGGAGAGGAAGAGGAAGGAGCUGAAGACGAAGAAGAAGACAAAGAGGCAGAUGACGAAGAAGAAGAGGGUGAAGAAGAUAAAGAUGCCGAUGAAGGAGACGAGGAAGGAGAGGAUGAGGAGGGAGAGGGAGAGGAAGCCGGGGAGGAAGAGGGAGCCGGCGAUGAAGAGGAAGAAGGUGAAGGUGAAGAAGAGGAUGCCGAAGAUGGUGAGGAAGAGGAAGGCGACGGUGACAAAGGCCCAGAAGAAGAGGAUGAGGAGGAAGAAAACCCUAAAUCAAAGGGUGGAAAGAAAGGCAAGAAGAGUAAAGAUGACGAGGAAGAGGAAGAGGAGGAGCAGUAA